AUGGAUAGAGACAAUGCUAUUUUAAGCGACCAAAUAAAAUAUGACCAUUUUAAUAGAACAAUUGAAGAAGAAUAUAAAAAGAAAUUUUUACAAAAUUAUAAAGUAGACGAAUAUUUUGAGGAUACUACAUUUGCAACAACAAAUAAAUCAGAUAAUAAAAAUACACAAAUUAAAGAAAAAAGUAAAAAAGAAAAAUUAUUUUUAUACAAAAUUAUAUCACCUAUAUUAGAUUUAGGAAAACAUUUUUAUUCAUCAUUAACUUUAAUAUAUGAACCCAAGUUAUAUCACCUUUCUGUUUUUUUAACUUUAUUAUGGGGUUAUAAAAAUAUUAAAUAUAUAAAUAAAUUAUUAGUACAUAAAUAUAAUGAUAUACAUUAUCAAGUAACUCGACCAGAUUCUUUAAAUAGUCGACACAAAGCUUUUAAAGUUUUAGCAAUUGGUGGAUCUGUCAUACCAUGCUCAAUUAUUGCACUUUCAAUAUAUGAUAUAAAAAAAGAAAAAAAUAAUUCAUUGUUCAUGCAAAAUAUAGAAUCAACAUUUUCUAACCGCAAUACUAAUCAACUCAUACCAUACACAGUCAAAAGGAAUCUAUCCAAAAAGGUCCAAUGCUUAAAGGAAAAACUCCUAUUCUUUGCUAAAGAUUUAGCAGAAAAUAAUAAUUUUAAAAAAUUAUCAAAUGAAUAUCAUACCAAUAUUAACAAGCGACUAAACAGCCACUAUUUUAAAAAAGACAAAAUGAAUUAG